GAGAAUUCUAAACUACCCUUCGCCACCUGGAGCCCUCUCUGAAGGCGUGGGCUGCCCUUAGCGCUGCCGGUUCCAGAAGUCCCUGCGUUCAGGCAUUCACCGACGACAGCCCUACGCGGGGAUUGCGGAUAAAGGACGGCAGACUGAGCGGGCUUCGGCGCAGACGUAGUCCGCGCAGUCCUGAGUGCCGCAUGCGCAGUGGGUAGAAGCGGCAGCGGCAGCCAUGGACGACGAGGAGGAGACUUACCGGCUCUGGAAGAUCCGUAAAACCAUCAUGCAGCUAUGUCAUGACCGUGGCUACCUGGUGACCCAGGAUGAGCUGGACCAGACACUGGAAGAGUUUAAAGCCCAGUUUGGGGAUAAGCCCAGUGAGGGGCGGCCACGGCGCACAGAUCUCACCGUGCUGGUGGCCCACAAUGAUGAUCCCACCGACCAGAUGUUUGUCUUUUUUCCAGAGGAGCCCAAGGUCGGGAUUAAGACCAUCAAGGUAUACUGCCAGCGCAUGCAGGAGGAGAAUAUCACCCGUGCCCUCAUUGUGGUACAGCAGGGCAUGACGCCCUCUGCCAAACAGUCGCUGGUUGACAUGGCUCCCAAGUACAUUCUGGAACAGUUUCUGCAGCAGGAGCUGCUCAUCAACAUCACGGAGCAUGAGCUGGUCCCAGAGCAUGUCGUCAUGACAAAGGAAGAGGUAACAGAGCUACUAGCACGAUACAAACUCCGUGAGAACCAGCUGCCCAGAAUCCAGGCGGGAGACCCCGUAGCGCGCUACUUUGGGAUAAAGCGUGGACAGGUGGUGAAGAUCAUCCGGCCCAGUGAGACAGCGGGCAGGUACAUCACCUACCGGCUAGUCCAGUAGUUGCUGCCUGGCCAGACCCUGGAGAUGAAGAAACAGUGACCACCAUCAUCUUGAGGACUCAUGCCUCUGCCCUGUGGAAGUCUGAUCCCCCCAAACUUUGCCACUGCUCCUCUGGACUCCCCCCAAGGCAGGCAGCUGCUACCUUGGUUCACCUUUCUUGGGUGAGGCUUUCGAGGGCCUGGCCGGCUUGAUUCACCUAUGGAUCCUUGAAUGACAGGGCCUCAGGAGGAGCAAGGCCCCAAUUGGGAAGACAGCUGUGGAUAGCUGAUGGCACAUGGCAGUGCUGGAUUCUUGUCUAAUCUGCACUGACUCCCAGGCAGGGGGACUUGGAGUCUGUGUCUCCUGCCUGGCCUGUCAGGAGCUGGGGCUGGAUCUUGGGCCUGCGUGUGUGGGCUGCACCUCCACUAAGCCUUGGCUUACACCCAUGAGUUCUCUAAAUUCAGCAAGGUUUGAGAUUACAAUUCAUUUGGAGUUUUCAGUUGCCAUAGGAUGUUGGAUAUUUCUAAACUUUAAAGACAUUUUGAGUAAAUAAAUUUGCUUGUUUCACAAGCCAAGGCCAGA